GUGUUGCUGCAAGAAGUGGAGAGGUGGAACAGACUAGUAGAUACCAUGGGGAACAGCUUAUUUCAUUUACAAAGAGCUUUAGGAGGUGAAAUUGGCAUGAGCACAGACCUUGAUGACUUGUCAACUGCUCUCUUCAAUGGAGAAUUACCUUCCAUGUGGCGCAAGAUGACUGCACAAACUCAGAAGAUGCUGCCAGCAUGGAUGGCAUGGUUCCAAAGGCGCUAUCAGCAAUAUAAGAAAUGGAUUGAGGUCGGAGAGCCAGUGGUGAUGUGGAUGUCCGGCCUCCACAUUCCAGAGACCUUCAUAGCAGCACUUGUGCAGAGCACAUGCCGUGCCAAAGGAUGGCCCCUUGACCAAUCCAGCAUCUACACACAAGUCACACCCUACAUGCACCCAGAUGAGAUUAAGGACAAGCCCCAGGAUGGAUGCUAUGUAACAGGGCUCUACCUGGAGGGUGCCUCUUGGAACCCAGACACCCUCAUGCUCAGGACUCAGGACCCCAAAAUCUUAGUUGUGGAGCUCCCGAUACUGCACAUCAUUCCCAUAGAAGGAAACAAGCUGAAACUCACCAACACAUUUCGAACACCUGUGUAUGUGACACAAGCACGGCGGAAUGCCAUGGGAGUUGGUCUCAUCUUCGAAGCUGACCUCUCCACCACCAUCCACCCUUCCCAUUGGGUGCUUCAAGGUGUUGCUUUGUGCCUCAAUAUUGAUCAUUGACUUGCAUUGUAUGUAUCCAUUGGGGCUGGAUGAGUGGAGGUUAAAACUUUAAAAUCAUGUUUAACAGAUGAUGUAGUUACUUGCAUUGUAUGAUUGAAUUGGAUUUAAUGAUAUCAAUUGUGUGUAACUGCACACAUUUGUCUUUAA